UAAAGAAUGGAAGUGUAAGAUGGAACGACAUUGCUCGUUACAGGUAUCCAUGGACUAUCAAUUUAUACAACAGAGCUUUGUCGUGGUAUUUCUCUUAACUAACCCCACUAACAAUCGUUAUCUUUCACAGAGAGGAGUGACUGGAGGAGCAUAAAGCCAUUGUUGAGGACAAACAGGGUUGCAUUCUCUCACUUUCCUUGUCGAUUGAGGAAUAAUGCACAUUUUUAACGCUUCAAGUAUAAUUAUGCAAUGGCAAUGCCAAUGCAAUUCAGCGCUAAUAUCACAGCCUUAUGCAGAGAAGGUGGGUUGAAGGAGGCGCUUCACAUUCUUCUUACCACACACAACCCACCUGUAAACUCGUCUACUUAUGUUCAACUACUGCAGACCUGCAUUUCCAAGCAAGCCCUUUCGGAGUGUAAGCAAAUCCACUCUCACAUCAAAGAGAGGGAAUUCGAAUUUGCAACACACAAACUUUUACAGAAUACCCUUAUACGCGUGUAUGAAAAAUGCGGUAGUUUAGUGGCUGCUCGCCAAGUGUUUGACCAAAUGACUGAACGGGAUGUCUUCUCAUGGAAUGCCAUCAUUGCAGCAUACAGAAGACACGGGUGUUCUCAUGAAGCAUUGACAAUGUUUCACCAAAUGCAGCAAACGAGAGUCCAACCCGAUCAAUUCACGUUUGCAACCAUACUCCCAACGUGUGCCAAAAUAGGAGAUAUGGAACUGGGUAUGGGAAUCCACGAAAUCAUAAUCGAAAGCGGAUUUUUGUCAGAUGUUGUAGUUGCAAGCGCCUUAGUAGACAUGUAUGUAAAAUGUGGAAGCAUAUUUAAGGCCUGCCAGCUGUUUAAUAGAAUGCAUCAAAGGGAUGUGGUUUCAUGGACUACAAUGAUUGCAGGAUAUGCACAAAAUGGAUUCAUUGAGAAGGCCUUGGAAACUUAUAAGCAAAUGCAAUUGGCAAACAUAAAGCCAAGCUCCACAACCUUUGCCAGUAUCCUCCCAGUUAUUGCCAAAAUGGGAGCACUAGAUCAGGGUAUAGACAUCCAUCAAAACAUAAUGGAGAUGGGAUUUUUGUCAAAUGUUAUAGUUGCAAACAGCCUGAUAGAUAUGUAUUCAAAAUGUGGAAGGAUGUACAAGGCACGUGAACUGUUUGACAAUAUGCCUCAAAGAGAUGUUGUGUCAUGGACUACAAUGAUUGGAGGAUAUGCACAAAAUGGGUUUUUCGAAAACGCCUUGGAAACUUUUAAGCAAAUGCAAUUGGCAGGUGUCAAGCCAAACUCUACAACCUUUACUAGCAUCCUCCCAGCGUGUGCUCAACUGGGAGCUUUAGAACAUGGUAUGGAUAUUCAUCAAAGCAUAAUGGAAAGGGGCCUUUUGUCAGAUGUUGUAGUUGUAAAUGCCCUGAUAGAUAUGUAUGGAAAGUGUCAAACAAUACAUAAGGCACGUGAAUUGUUUGAUACAAUGCCUGAAAAAAAUGUGGUUACAUGGAAUUCAAUGAUUGCAGUAUAUGCGCAGAAUAGUGUUCUUGAUGAGGCUUUAAGGCUUUUUUAUGGGAGUCCACAAAAAGAUAUAGUCUCAUGGAAUACGGUGAUUGCUAUAUAUGCACAAAAUGGUUUAGUUGUAAAAGCUUUGGAAGCUUUUAAGCAAAUGCAAUCGGAAGGUGUUAAGCCGGUCUCCACAACAUUUGCCAGCAUACUCCAAGCCUGUGCAAAAAUGAGAGCUUUAGAACAGGGUCGGGACAUCCAUCGAAUCAUAACAGAAAGAGGAUUUUCUUCAGACGUGGUAGUUGCAAAUACCCUUGUAGAUAUGUAUGCAAAAUGUGGAAACAUGCACAAGGCAUGCGAACUGUUUGAUAAAAUACUUCAAAAGAACAUGGUUUCGUGGACUGCAAUAAUUGCAGGAUAUACACAAAGUGGGUAUUUCGAGAAGGCCUUGGAAACUUUUAAGCAAAUGCAAUUGGAAGACGUAAAGCCAGACACAACAACGUUUAUCAGCAUCCUCCCUGCCUGUGCCAAAAUGGGAGCUUUAGAACAGGGGAUGGAUGUCCAUAGAAGUAUAAUUAAAUAUGGAAUUUUUCCAAAUAUUGUAGUUACAAGCACCCUAGUAGACAUGUAUGCAAAAUGUGGAAGCAUAAACAAGGCAUGCAAACUGUUUGACAAAAUAGCUCAACGAGACGUUGUCUUGUGGACUGCAAUGAUCACAGGAUAUGCACAAAAUGGGUUUAUUGAGAAGGCAUUGGAAGCUUUUAAACAAAUGGAAUUGUCAGGUGUAAAGCCAAAUUCGAAAACCUUUGCCAGCAUCCUUCAAGCCUGUGCAAAAAUGGGAGCUUUGGAACAGGGUAUAAACAUCCAUCAAAGCGUAAUGGAAAUGGGACUUUUGUCAGAUGUUGUGGUUACAAAUGCCCUUGUAGAUAUGUAUGCAAAAUGUGGAAGCGUCAACAAGGCAUGUAAACUGUUUGAAAGCAUGCCUCAAAGACAUGUGGCCUCAUGGAAUGCAAUGAUUUCGGGAUAUGCACAAAAUGGAUUUGUUGACCAGGCUAUCGAGACUUAUAAGCAUAUGCAAUUGGCAGGUGUAAAUCCAGUCUCCACAACCUUUGUCAGCAUCCUCCAAGCAUGCGCCAAAAUGGAAGCUUUAGAACAUGGUAUGGAUAUGCAUGAAAUCAUAAUGGAAAAGGGACUUUUUUCAGAUGUUGUAGUUGCAAACGCCUUGGUUGAUAUGUAUGCAAAAUGUGGAAGUAUACACAAGGCACGGGAGCUGUUUGACUUGAUACCUCAAAAGAAUAUGGUUUCAUGGAAUGCGAUGAUUGCAGGAUACGCACAAAACGGUGUCCUUGAUGAGGCUUUAAGACUUUUUAAAGAAACACCAAUUAAAAAUGUGGUCUCAUGGACUACAAUGAUUUCAGGAUAUGCACAAAAUAGGUUUGUUGACAAGGCCUUGGAAACUUUUAUGCAAAUGAAAAUGGCAGGUGUAAAGCCAGACUCAAAAACUUUUGCCAGCAUCCUUCCAGCCUGUGCCAAAAUGGGAAAUUUAGAACAGGGCAUGAACAUCCACCAAAGCAUAAUUCAAUAUGGUUUUAUGCCAGAUGUCAUAGUUGUGAAUGCUAUGAUAGACAUGUAUGCAAAAUGUCGAAGCAUACACAACGCACGUGAACUCUUUGACAACAUGCCUCAAAGAGAUGUGGUCUCAUGGAAUGUAUUGAUUGCUGGAUGUGUACAAAAUGGCUUUAUAGAACAGGCCGUGGAAGCUUAUAAGCAAAUGCAAUUGGCAGGAGUAAAGCCAGAUUCCACAAGCUUUGCUAGCAUCCUCUCAGCCUGUGCCAAAAUGCAAACUUUACAACAAGGCAUGGAAAUCCAUCAAAGCAUAAUUGAAAGCGGAUCUUUGUCAAAUGUAGUUUCGAGUGCCCUGCUAGACAUGUAUGCAAAAUGUGGAAGUAUACAAAAAGCACGUGUACUGUUUGACAAAAUGCCUCAAAGAGAUGUCGUCUCAUGGACUGUAAUGAUUUCCGGAUAUUCACAAAAUGGGUUUGUUGAGAAGGCCUUGGAAACGUUUAAUCAAAUGCAAUUGGCAGGUGUAAGGCCUAACUCGGCAACCUUUGCCAGCAUCCUCCCAGCCUGUGCCAAAAUGGGAGCUUUGGAGCAGGGGGUGGAUAUCCAUCAAAAUAUAACUGAAAGUGGAUUUUUGUCUGAUGUUGUUGUUGCAAGUUCCCUGGUAGACAUGUAUGCAAAAUGUGGAAGCAUACAAAAAGCACGUGAACUUUUUGACAAAAUGCCUGAAAGAAAUACUAUAUCAUGGAAUGCUAUGAUUGUAGGAUACGCCCAAAAUGGCUUUUGCAAGGAUUCUCUCAAGCUCUUUGAAUUAAUGAAGCACUCUGGAACACACCCUGAUCAUGUAAGCUUUGCUUGUGUUCUACUAGCAUGCAGCCAUACAGGGUUAGUGGAUGAGGGCUGUAAAUACUUUAGCCUUAUGAAUGACUCGUAUUGUAUUACACCUACAAUUGAUCAUUAUGCAUGCAUGGUUGACAUUCUUGGUCGUGCUGGCUAUCUUGAAGAAACUCUAAACUUUAUCAUCAAAAUGCCAAUUAAAUCUGUGAUGGUUGUGUGGGUGUGUUUUCUUAGUGCCUGUAGAGCACAGAAGAAUUUAGGGUUAGGGGUAUUUACAGCGAAUCUUCUUUUUGAGCUGGACUCUAAAAAUGCUGCAACUUAUGUUCUUCUGUCAAACAUCUAUGCAGAGGGGGGCAGAUGGGAUGAGGUUCAAAUGGUAAGACGGUUGAUGAAAGAUAAAGAAAUUAAAAAAAUACCUGGAUGUAGUUGGAUUGAAGGCCAUAAAAUGGUACAUGCUUUCUGUGUAGGAGACAGAUCACAUCCACAGACACAGGAGAUCUAUGCCAAGUUGGAGCAAUUGUCUUGGGAGAUGAAAGCAGCAGGGUAUAUUGCAGAUUCAAGACAUGUACUAAAUGAUGUGGAGGGGGAGGAAAAAGAAUUAUUCCUUUGCCACCAUAGUGAGAAGUUGGCAAUUGCAUUUGGAUUAUUGAACGCCCCCCCUGGAACAACUAUUAGAGUCAUCAAAAACCUUCGAGUAUGUGUUGAUUGCCACACUGCAACCAAGUUUAUCUCAAAAGUUGCUGCAAGACAAAUUAUCGUGAGAGAUGCGAGCCGGUUCCAUCAUUUCAAGGAAGGAGAAUGUUCCUGUGGAGAUUUUUGGUGAUGCCAAAUGAAGCAUUCUGUAAAACUAGAUUUACACCACAUUUAGGGGCACUCUUCUAUACCUGCAGUGAUAAAGAAGGGACCCAGUUUUGUUUCCAGUUUCUAAGAAGUGUUCUUUCCUGAACGUUUGGACUUUAGAGGAUUAAACUUUACUGUCUGGUAUGCAAUGUGUCACUGUCUAUAUAAAUAUUGAUGGAGUCUUCGUUAAAUCCAUGUCAGGACACGUCCAUUUUAUUUUUCCAUGGAGGUAUCAUGACUUUGAUCUGUUUUCAGGAAACCUGCACAUUUCUGUAAUGAAAAUCUGGAGGAAGUGGAAAAUGGGAAAAAUAAAAAUGAGAGGAAUUCAUGAAGGAAACGGGAAGAUGCUUGUCCAACAUAAAACAUGAGAGAAGAGCUUCAAAUCAAUCCAUGCUUUGAAUGACAUGGAGGAGGGACAAGAAUUAUUUGUCUGCCACCAUAGCAAGAAGUUAGUAAUUGCAUUUGUAUUAUUAAACAGUCCCUCUGGAACAACUUUUAUAAUUGUGAAGAACCUUUGAGUAUGUGUUGACUGGCACAAUGCAACCUAGUUUAUCUCCAAGAUUGUUGCAUGACAAAUUAUAUCGAUUGAUGCGAAAGGGUUCCUUCAUUGUAAACAGGGAGAAUGGUCUUGCGUAGAUCAUUGGAGAUGCUAAGUGAAACAAUCUGUCAAAUGGGUUUGCACUAUAUUAAAAUGCACCCUGCCAAACCUACAAUGUUAAAGAAUGGACUUUCCAAUUAUAAGGAGUGUUCUUUUCCGAGUGAUCGGAGGACUACACUACCCAAAAUUUCAUACGAUCGGGAUGUAUAGUCGAUGUAAACCACUGCCAAUAUUUUUUUUUGAUGAGGUGUUAAUUAAAUGCCUGUUACAGGACACCCCCAUUCUAUUAUUCCAUGGAAAUGUCAUGACAGUGAUCUGUUUCCUGGAAACCAGCACAUUUCUGGAAUGGAAAUCUAGAUAGAGGUGGAUAAAGGGAAAAAUCGAAAAGGAAAUGGGAAGAUGCUUGUUCAUCAGGUAAUGUGUGAGAAAAUAGCUUGCAAUCAAGCCAAUGCUGGGGAGAGCAUCUCUUGUUUCUCUAUACCGACAACAGUCAUUUUGUAAGAUCCUUUAGUUUCAAUUAAUUGUAUUAUCAAAUCUUAGAAUGAAUAAAUAAAUAAAAAAUGUACUCAGAUA